CAACAACAACUUCAACGCGAUCGACUCAUUGGUUUUCUCACGAUCGAGGAGAUGGUUACCCAUUUCUUACACUUCAUCCCUUUAUUCUUUUUCUUCCUCCUCUUCGCUUCCAAGGUUUUUGCACUCGUCGGAGGUGACUGCCCUGUUUCCAUGUGCAGUAAACUUGAUCCGAUCAUUCGAUUCCCUUUCCGAUUACCAGAUGUCCAGCCCCAGCGUUGUGGGUAUCCCGGUUUCGAACUCAGUUGCGACGAUUCGAGCAGAACAACUCUCGACUUGCCGUCUUCGGGAGCGUUUCUCGUCGACAACAUCAAUUAUGUCUCGCAGGAGAUACAGCUUCACGACUCGUCCGGGUGCCUGCCUAAAAGGCUUAUGGAGCUCGAUCUUUCGGGUUCCCCUUUCACGGGCUUCCGCUAUCAGAACUACACGUUCCUUAGUUGCUCGUCGGAAUUUACUGCAUCCCGGUUCAGACCCAUCCCUUGCCUGAGCAACUCUACGCGCAGCGUUCUGGCUAUCGCCUCUGUGAGUCUCGCUAGCAUGUUAAGCACACUGUGCGAGAUCAUGAGGAAUGUUUCGAUUCCAGUUUCAAGGCCGCCUCCUUUUGAAUCUGGGUUUUCAUCUGAGCUCGGCGAUGUCCUUCGUCUGACAUGGGAGACGCCCAGCUGUGGAGACUGCGAAGCACGGGGCGGUAUAUGCUCAUUCACCACCAACUCCACUGUCGGAUGUUUCGAUAGAGGCAGUACAAAUCAUUCACCCAAGGGGUUUCGAGUCUUCAAAAGAAUUGCACUAGGCAUAUUGAUACCCUUGAUGAUGCUCUCCAUCUGUAUCGCCAGUUACUUGUGUGCAGCAAAAAAGUGGAUGUGGAACGUUGUUGGACCCGAGUCCGACAACCACCUGCCUCAGGAGGCUGCUGAUGCUGUGAUCCCGCCACAACCCGUGAUUAUAUUUACUGGUUUGGAUGAGUCCAUCAUACAAUCCUACAAGAAACUGAUUCUGGGUGAGAGUCGACGCCUUCCCGGACCCAACGACCGUGUUUGCUCGAUAUGCCUGUCGGAGUACCGGCCGAAGGAGACACUGAGAUGCAUACCCGAGUGUCAGCAUUGCUUUCACGCUGAUUGCAUCGACGAGUGGCUGCGACUCAACGCUACUUGCCCUCUCUGUCGAAAUUCCCCGUCUCCUGUUCGUUUUGCGUAAUUACAUUCAUGUUCACAUUUCUUCAUCUUUCGCCAUUUUGGGUGGCAAAUUGUUGAAAUCUUACCUAUGCUUUGGA